UCACAUUUUAUUUGCUAACUACAGACACAGACAUUAAAAAUAUAUCAGUCCCUCAAAAGCUGUACAUUAUAGUAUGUGACUAGACAGGGUACAAAUCGUGUAAAAUUUUAUAUCACUUGUACAUGGAGAAACCUUUCAAUUAAGGAAAUCAAAAAGAUUAGGUGACAACAAUAAUUCUAGUUUUAAAAAUAAUUCUAAAAAUAUUUUGAAUCAACAUGACAGACAAAGCGGAAAACUCAUCAGUUAAUCAACAUGUUCCUCAGAUCAGACAAAUUCCACUAAUAUGGCUCAGGAAAAUGGCGACAAUCUUUCUUUCAUGGGAUUUGGACAAAGAUGGCGUUGUCGGAUAUGAUGAUUUCAUGAGCAGAGCGGACAAAAUAAUCCAAAUUGGAUGUCUUCCCAGUAAAGCCUGUGAUGACUUAAUAGAGCUAUUCAGAGAUACACAGAGACGAACCAGUGAUAACCCUAACUUAGGAUUUGUUGCUGGUACAUCUUUGUAUGAGCAAUUAACAGGCCUUUGGGAAUCCAGGGAUGAUUCAGCUGCUAUGGACAGAUGGUGUAACCUAUACUCUGAUGUUUUUAAGAUUUUUGAUACAAAAUCAGCUGGUUUUCUCACAUUUGAGCAGUACAUGGCGUAUUGGGAUUCAUUUGAAUUGGACAAGAGAUUCGCACGGAUGCAGUUUGACUACAUGAACACCAAUCAAGAUGGCAAGUUAACAAAUGAAGAGUUCAAUAUAGCCUAUAGAGAUUACCUUAUGAGUACAGAUGAGGAUACACACAAUCGAUUCUUUGGACCACUUAUAAUAUACUGACACCAUUAUAUGUACAGUUGAUUUAAGCUAAUGAAUUUUCUAAAUAUGAUAAUAUUUUAUGACUAUUAUAUUAAAGGUGCAACAAUUAGUGCAGGGCGGCCAUUAAAUGAUCAUC